CUUCACCGGCAGAGCGGGUUUUCGCGUGAAUCAUAUACCUCUUACUUGCUUUUCCCCCACACUGACAAUCCAGACUCAGUCGAAGCAGUUUCCCGGACAAUUACGUACGGGCAAACCAUGUUUUCAAGCUUUUCAAACUCAACAUGACGAGCUCAAACACGCUCCCGCCGGAGUUUGAACAGUCAUAUCGCGAAUUCAAUUCUUUCCCCCUUAAUCACAUCGAGGCCAAGUCCUACGGACAAGGAGUACUGCAGGACUACAGGAAAAGACUAUCAAGUGGAGGAGAGUUCCGCUUCAUAGAAGAUCUUCACAGAAUCAAAGUACCGAUACGUGAUGUUUCAGCUGAAGGAGUGGUCACCAAGGUCAAUAUCCUCGGCGACAAUUACUUGAAAGAGCUUCUCGGCCACUCCCAGCAAGCCUCUACGCCACUUCCGAUAAAUGGAACGAGGACACCUCAGUCACAGGACACAAUUUCUGCACAAAAAGACACCAAGUGUCGUUUCGUCUUUUUCAUCACGGAGAGCUCAGUGGCUCCCCUGGAACUAUCGGGUACAAUGCUGAUGCGCUUGUUGACUUUCUAUCAAGUCAUGCCCCAUUUCGCCGACUUCAUAUGUUUGUAUGGGUCUCCUAACAGCGAGUCUGCAAACUUACGAUUCAGUGGGUUCAGAAGCAAGAAGGUGCUAAAGAACCCGACACCAGCGAUGUGUAUUCCUGUAAUGGAUCGCAGUGGGAGGCUUUUCCAACUGAGCUAUAACCUCAAGGCGGCUAGGCUUGGAGAAGUCAAUAAGACCUGGAAGUUCGAGCAAUACGCAAUCUAUCAUCACUUCGAUGUUGGUUCCGGGGUUCAGCUUUGAAUGAUUGGCGAUACUCACGGAGUAGCAAAGACACUCAUUGGAGAUCUUCUUCACGAGAAAACCACUCACCAGCGCAAGUUUGAAACAAUCGACCAAGCCCUGAGAUCGUCCCUUGACGCACACCUAGUGCUAGCGAGAUGGGCCACGUCUCGAUGGAGAUGGACUGUGCAAGACUUUGAAAAGACGAUCGACGACCUGGUAGGAUCCUGCACAAUGUUUCCCUUAUAACCUCGUCAAU